ACACAGAGACACAGAGGUAGAGAGAGAGAGACACACACACAGAGACACACAGAGAGACACAGAAACACACAGAGAGACACAGAGACACAGAGAGACACACAGAGACACAGAAAGAGACUGAGAUUGGGCCGUGCAUCACAAUGGAGACGACGACUACUGACGUGACGCCCGUGAAAACACGCUGUGCCGAGUGUUGCGUGCGCUGCCUAGGGGGGGUGCCCUACGCCUCGCUGGUGGCCACGCUGCUCUGCUUCGCCGGCGUGGCGCUGUUCUGCGGCUGUGGCCACGAAGCGCUGGGCAACGCCCUGGCACUGCUGGAUGAACACUUCCUGUACCCACACCACGACAGCCUGCUGCUCUUCCAAGUGGUGGACGUGGUGCGCUUCUCCAUGUACGGCACGGUGGCUGCGUUCCUGCUCCUGGGAAUUCUCCUCUUCACCGAGGGCUUCUUCACGACCGGCGCCGUGCAGGGCCGGCAUGGAGACUUCAAGACCACCGCCUGUGGACGCUGCAUCAGCGCCAUGUUUAUAGGGCUCACCUACCUGCUCACUCUGCUCUGGCUCGGCGUUCUGGGGCUCGCCGCUCUGCCGGUCUUCCUCACCCUCAACAUUCGCUCGUCGUGCCACGCGGCGCUCACCGCAGCCCCCAACUCAUCCACCCCCCCGGUGUGCGUCGACCUGCGCCAGUACGGAAUCCUGCCGUGGAAUCACUCGACGGCCCUUCUGUGCGACCGAGCCCUGGAAAAUAUGUGUAACACGCAGGAGUUCAUCCUCGCUCACCACCUCUUCAUCGUUGCCUACGCUGGUGCCGGGGCGACCGUCAUCGCCAUGAUCCACUACCUCAUGGUGCUGACGGCCAACUGGGGCUACGUGAAGACCUUCGCCGCUUCAGCUUCGUCCCCGGGGGCAGCGGCCCCCUGCAGCGGCAGCGCCCAGCAGGGGGCGCUGGGAGGGGGCGACGCGGAGCUGGGGGAUCUCCACAACGGGAAGGGGGUCGCCGCCACCUCCCCACAAGACCCCUGAAACCCCCUUGAGCCCCCUCCCACCUCCACAAGACCCCCCCCCCCCCCCCCCCAAGAUCCCCCUGAGCCACUCGCCACGACCUCCGACCCACGAGCCCCUGAUAUCCCUUAGUGCUCUAUCCGUGCCCCCUGUGACCCCUGAGUACCCCUGUGACCUGUGACCUGUGCGACUGCGAAGGGUGCACCUCCUGGUAGUUUGACACCGCGACCCAUGACCCCUUCAACCCAGCCCUGACCCCUGACUCCCUGAAUCUUGACCCCCAACCUCUAACCUCCCAUCAGUGUCCGUGACCUCUUGCCUCUCCCGAUCUGUGAUCCUGGCUACCCCCACCCCCACCCCCCGUGAGCUGUGACCCCUGUGCUGUUGCUCAAUAAGCGGUGACCUUUAACCCCUGAUCCGUCUGACCCUCAAUGACGUUUCCUGUUCACUCCAGCAUUGCUCAGUGACCCCUCCGCUCCCCGUCUCUCUCCUGUCUCUCGCCUGUCUCUCCUGUUUCUCUCUCCAUCUCUCUCCUGUCUCUCUCUCCAUCUCUCUCCUGUCUCUCUCUC